GUCAAAGUAGAAGUCUUGCAUAAAGCUUUUACAGCAUUUUAUUUCUUGGCUAAAGAACAGAUUGCGAAUUCCAAAGCAGGGUGUCUACUUCAACUGGUUGAGAAGUUAGGUGCUCAUGACAUCAAGUAUUUCCACCACAGGUCAUCUACAUCAAUCCGUGAAAUGAUUGUGACUCAAAUCAUUGAAAAAGUUAAAAAUACAAAUUUCUUUGGGCUUUUAAUUGAUGACUUAACAGAUAUAGCUGUCAUGGAACAAAUGAUAACAUUUAUCCAGUACUUCAAUUUUGAAACAUCUCAAGUUGAAACCAAAUUUUUAUUUAUUGAUGAUUUGUUGAAGGAGUCUACAUCAGCUGAUGCUGAAACGAUAUACAAUGUUCUAAUUAAGAACAUUGAAGAAUUCCAGUUGCCUCUUGGUAAACUAAAAGGCUUGGUAACUGAUGGUGCUGCUGUUAUGGUUGGCAAAAACAAUGGACUGGCUGCCAAAUUAAAAGCAGUAAAUCCAUCCAUUAUUACUGUUCACUGCAUCUGCCAUAGGCUAGCUCUUGCUUGCACAGACUCAAAUGUUGCUCUAAAAUAUAUUGAUGAGGUACAACUAAUUGUUACCCAAUUGUGGAAACUGUUUGAAUACUCACCCAAGAAGAUGGCAGCUUACCUAAAAUGCCAACAAAGCAUCAAGAACAUUGUCCUUGGUGAGUCCAAUAAGAACAUCAUAUGCAAAAAGCUAAAGAAAGCAUGCAAGACAAGAUGGCUGUCAUUUGAUAAUGCA